AUGCCCCUUCUCGAUAAUCGCUCAGGGCCAUCUUACGGUACACUCGACCAAAUGGAGCGACGAAACGAAGAGGAAAGAGAUCAGCUGUUGGAGGGUGGUUAUGAUGAGUGUGGGAACAAUAGUGAGACAGAGUCGUUGGACUCCGUCCAGGAAGGUGUUCGGAAAAUUGAAGCGAUCAAUAUGACAUGGACCACGAGGUCUUUGAUUGUAGCUUAUAUCAGUAUUUUUCUCAUGGCGUUCUGUACGUCUCUGGAAGGCCAGACCGUCAUGUCGUUAUCAGCAUACGCGACCAGUGCAUUCAGCAAGCAUUCCUUAAUAUCGACUGUUCUAGUUGUCCAAAAUGUGGUCAAUGCCGUGGUCAAACCCCCCAUGGCCAAGAUAGCAGAUGUCUUUGGCCGCUUCGAAGCAUUCUGUCUCAGCAUCCUCAUAUAUGUUCUGGGCUACAUUCAAAUGGCUGCUUCGAGUAACGUUCAAGCUUACGCAUCUGCCCAAAUAUUUUAUGCAGCCGGAUCCACGGGCCUGCAGAUUCUCCAGCAAGUUUUUAUCGCUGAUAGCAGUAGCCUGCUUAACCGAGCGCUUCUUGCUCUCCUGCCCGAACUUCCGUUCUUGAUCACGGUCUGGAUAGGUCCGACUAUUGCCGAUGCUGUCCUCCAGCACGCGGGAUGGCGCUGGGGUUAUGGAAUGUGGACAAUCAUUCUACCCGCCUCUUUUCUUCCCUUGGCUCUAUCGCUGCUAAUGAAUCAGCGCAAGGCUCGGAGACUAAAUCUGAUCAAGUCGACCCCCCGCAAGCACCGUGGUAUCGGUCAAGUCCUACGGCGCACCUGGUACGAUCUGGAUGUGUUUGGCUUGGUACUGUUGUCUACUGCAGUCACACUACUUUUGGUGCCACUGACUCUAGCCGCCACUGCCAAAAAUGGCUGGAAAAGCCCGAGCAUUAUCGCGAUGAUGGCAUUGGGGUUGGUUUGCCUUUUGAUACUACCAGCCUGGGAAACUUCCAAAAGACUGGCACCCAAACCCCUUCUAUCGCUGCACCUUCUCAAACAACGGACCGCUCUCGCCGGGUGUGGUUUGGCGUUUUUCUAUUUCAUGGCGUUUUAUUUCUCCGUCCAACCCUACUUAUACUCUUACCUGCAAGUCGUUCAGGGAUACGACGUCGCCACCGCUGGUCGGGUGACCCAGACGUUCGCAUUCACAUCUACAAUUGCGGCAUUCGGAGUCUCGAUUCUCAUCAAGUACACCAAAAGAUAUCGAGUUUUCGUGACCGCCGGUUGUGUAAUUUACAUUGUUGGGCUACUGUUGAUGAUGCUCUAUCGCCAUGAAGGCAACUCGCUAGUUCAGAUCCUGGGAACCCAGGUUGUGGUCGGUAUGGGAGGAGGACUGCUCAAUGUGCCAGUCCAGUUGGGCGUGCAAGCAUCCGCUAGUCACCAGGAUGUAGCCGCAGCGACGGCCAUGUUCCUCACCUCGAUGGAGAUGGGAGGGGCGGUCGGUGCAGCCAUUUCCGGAGCGGUUUGGACCCAUAGCAUCCCACACAAGCUACUUCAAUAUCUCCCAGAAGAUCACAAGGCCGAUGCGGCCGAGAUCUUUGGCAAACUAACGACGGCCUUGUCGUAUCCUCAAGGAUCACCUGUGCGGAUGGCCAUUAACCGGGCCUACCAGGAGACGAUGAACAAGCUGCUGGUCCUGGCGUUCAUUGCAGUCAUCCCGUUGAUACCAUUGAGCCUGAUGAUGGCGAAUUACAAACUGGACAAAGUGAGAAACCAUUCUCCAGAUGACAAGCGACGGGACUAA